AAUUGAUCAAGAACCACAGUAAUUGUUGAUGUAGAUAUUUAAAAUCUACUGCUCUCUCUUCUAUCAUCCUUAUUUUACCUCAAGAAUCAGAAUAGUACAUAACACCACCCAGAGCAGCCUCACUGACAAUGUCCAAGGCAAUCUUCCUCUCCACCAUCGACGGCAAACCUGGCAAGCCAGGCCAAGUCUAUUAUCCACUCACAGUAAAGACAUUGCCCAAACCGAGCCCUAAGGGCCGAGAGCUCCUCAUAAAAAUGACAGCAGCAUCGUUGAACCAUCGAGACGUCUUCUCACGCCAGCAUCUCUACCCGGGCAUUUCUUUCGACGUCCCCAUGGGCUCAGACGGAGUCGGGAUCGUGGUAUCCGCAGGCCCCGGCGUGAGCUCUCCGCAGAAAUGGCUAGACAAGAGAGUCAUCCUGUGUCCCCUUACGGGAUGGAAGGAUUCGCCGGACGGACCCGAAGAUAUCAGAGGGCCAAGGAUUCUGGGAGGCACGAAAGCCUAUGAGAAUGGGACAUUGCAGGAAUUCGUUGUCAUUGAUGAGGAGGAGGUUGAGGAGGCACCGGCACAUCUCUCUGAUGCGGAAGCGGCGGCAUUACCCUUGGCAGCGUUGACUGGGUGGAGGGCGCUGGUGACAAAGGCAGGAGAGAAGAAUUCAGGGAAGGGCUCUACGGUUUUGGUUACGGGCAUCGGUGGUGGUGUCGCGUUGAUUGUGCUCUUGCUUGCAGUUGCGAGGGGUGCGGACGUGUACGUGACGAGUUCGAACGAGGAGAAGAUUCAAAAGGCAGUCGAAUUGGGUGCCAGGGGUGGUGUGAAUUACAAGGAACUCGGGUGGGAAAAGAAGCUGCUGGGUCUGCUUUCUCCAGGAAAGACUUCUUUCGAUGCCAUCAUCGAUGGUGCUGGUGGGGAUUCUAUCGAGAAGUCGGUCAAGUUGCUCAAGACGGGUGGUGUACUCUCCAUCUACGGUAUGACUGUAUCCCCCAAGAUGCCUUUCACCAUGGCGGCUGUUCUCAAGAAUAUCGACGUCCGCGGUUCUACGAUGGGUUCUCGAAAGGAAUUCAAGGAGGUUGUCGACUACGUGAAUGCACAUAAGAUCCACCCAGUUGUGUCGCGCGUUAUACAUUGUCCUCUGGAUGACAUCGCAAGUCUCAAUUCUCUUUUCGAAGACAUGAAGCAGGGCAAGCAGUUUGGCAAGCUGGUGAUAGAGUUUGGCAAGUUUACGACGGAUAGUAAGCUCUGAGCAUCAGCACGUCCUGGGUAUAUACUUCACCCUGGUACCUAUUGUAAAGUACAAUCUUCCUGGUUGAGAUGAAGGACCGCAGUUGCUUCAUCACUAAUGAAAAGAUAACUAUUCUUGCUGUGUUCUGGCUGUUCCUGCCGGACGAUGGUGUCCUUCAAGCAAAAUGGCUCUUUCCUCACCAGCUCUGGCAGCUUUAAGUGCACCUCCGCUCGGCUUCAUCUGUUCAAUUUGCUCGCUUAGGCCGCGCGACUCGUUUCAGGUACAUGGGAAGCGAGACUUAUCCAUUCUUUAGCCAAGGCAAAUC